UCGUGACGAUAUGCAAAUCAAUGAAUGAAUGAAUGUUUAUGACCUCAUUCAUAUGAAUUCAUUUUUUAACAUUAGAGCUCCGGAUACAUGAAGUAACACCCCUAUAGUCACCUUUACACUCCUAUUAUUUUUUUUCCUACUUUUAUGCCGCAGGUACUUGAGACGUAGCGAUCUGCCAAGCUAGAGAGCUAGCACAUACAUCACACAGCUCUACGAUGUCACUCAACCUCCGAUAGCUAAGUGAUGUCACAUAAGAUGCUUCAUUAGCUCUCAUGACACAAUCCCUUUCAUCCACGACCGAUACGUCUGAAAGCCACUGUUGAUACUUGGCAGAGUCCUUGCGCCUCUGAAACCAUUUUUUCCCCAGAAUAAGCAGCUUCUGAAAAUUGUCACUUGUCUGACAGAAACAUUGUCAUAAUUCAAAAUGGAUUCCGAGAAUCUGUUACCAUACGGCGCUAGGAGCCAGCUUGAGUGUAUUUCCCGAGCGGUGCUGCUGUCACAGCCUGGUGACAUCCCUGCAUUCUUAGAGGCGCAUUUCACCCAAAUGACACAAUAUGGAGGACCUGAGUUGACAGAUCUUAAAGAAAUCGCCUUUGGGUAUCAAGAGCAGUGGGAGAACGACUUCCUGAUACGCCUCAGCAAACGACGACAAAUUGGAGAAGCAGCAGUGAGGUUGUCCACGUCUGUGUCCGUUUCCAAGUCAUUAACGUUGUUGGGCAACGACAAACUAUCAAUACCGCUGUCGCUGCCGUAUGAAGAGAUCCCCCUAUCUGCUUCUGUGGACAUAUACGGAUCAUCACAACGGAAAAAGUCCCAACAGGCGGUUACGGUCAGGGUCCCCAGCCAAAAGGACACAAAACCGGCUAAAAAGUCAGCAGCCUCCGUCGUGGCUCAGCUGCCAUACAAGGCUUCUUUGCAGGGGACACAAACACGGGUAGUGUGCGAAUAUACCAAAGAGGAGAAGAAAGGGGUGCAUACCAUCAAAUACUCCCAACUCUCACCCAACUCCCAGAAAAUCUCUCUACAAAAGAAGUUGAAGGGGAAAAAGUCCAAAACAAUGAGUGACAAUUUCACCUGCUCACUGGAAGACUGCAUGUAUCAUAAAUCCAAAGAUCAGUCGGAUCUGGAGAUCAAAUUGGAGACAGUCCAAACCAGCACAGUGCCAACAGUCCAUAGAUACCGGGGUGUUAAAAAACCUGAGGUAGGGCCUGGAUCUGAGAUACGGGUCCCGUAUAGACCCAAGGGGGGAAUGAUUUUCGAUCCGGAACUUGUGCCACUGAGUCCUAAAGUGUAAUUCUGUUGGAAGUAUUUUGGUAAAUGAAAUUUAAUUUUAAAUGAUUUUUCAUCAAAUAAAGAAAU